UUAUUGGGUCAUUGCAUCGGGACAAUUUUACUCCGCUGUAAUUCCCCUCAUAAAAAUGCAAUUCGUUAUCCUGCAGAGAAUUAGUUGGGGCCGGACUUGUUUUGGUUCGUCUGGCUGCAGUGAAACAUGAAGGUUCUGUUUGAUCUUGGACUAUCAAAGAGCUCCGGUGUGACGGUGUCCGGAUAUGGGAGAGAGAGAGAGGUAAAACUGAAUUAUAUCAUUUAAUGCUCUCAACGAUACUACAGUCCUCGAAUUCAAUUUUGUCAGCAAGCAGGCUUUUUCGGUAAAGAUGAAGAAACGGCUUGGAAGAGAUAUAUGGAAGAACAUUGUGCUUGUUCCAGUGGUGAAGCCCAACAUAGGCGCACUAAGAGUGCUUCAGACACAAACUUGGAUGCCACGACACAUGCAGUUCCACAUUCCACGGGAAAGAACUUGGAUGUAUCACAUGAUUUGCAGCCUACAACCAGGAUUUACAGGGCACAAAGUCCAAGUUAUACUAGGAUCAGCUCUUCAGUCAGCCAUCGAGCUUCCUUGGAGAAAGAUAUCGAACAGCUACAACUGCAUUUGCAGCAGGAGAAGUCUAUGAGAGUUGUGCUUGAGAAGGCAAUGGGCCGAGCUUCUAGUACUUUAUCACCUGGACACAGACACUUUGCUUCUCAGACAAAGGAGUUGAUAGCAGAAAUCGAGUUACUUGAAGAAGAAAUUGCAAACCGUGAGAAGCAUGUUCUAUCUUUGUAUAGAAGUAUGUUUGAUCAGUGCAGUAGUGCUACACCUUCUGGUCAAAGCUCAAACAUUACAUCUCCUGCCCAUGCAAAGAAUGAAGUAAGAAAGCACCCAAGUAUAAUUUCAAGUGCAUUUUGCUCGUCAUCAAAAAAGUUCCGAUUGCAACCUUUCGAAGUUCUGGCUUCUGCAAUGGAAUCCAGAAAGAAGAAUGUGUUACUGCAUUCAAAGACCAGGCAUGUUUCACUAUUGACUGGGAAAACUGAUAUUCAUAUGGAGAAUAAUUAUUCAGAUCCCAUUAAGGUUUAUGAAAAGAAUCCAGGUGUGGAGAAAAUUUCUUUAGCACAUACUCUGAAAGAUCAUCUCUAUCAGUGCCCAAGCAAAUUAUCUGAGGACUUGGUGAGGUGUAUGGCUGCAAUAUACUGCUGGCUACAUAGUGUGGCAUCCACAAAGCCAGAAAAAAACCGUUCUCCUUUAUUGUCAAGGUCAUCAACCAGGGACUGGUCUUGCAAAUCUGUGGUAGAAAUACCUUGGAUAUCAACUGAUAAGAAUCAAUGCUUUCAUGCUUCUUAUGCUAUCAACAACUAUAGGGUCUUAGUGGAACAAUUGGAGAGAGUGAAUGUGAGUCAAAUUGGAGGCAAUGCACAAAUGGCAUUUUGGAUCAAUGUGUACAAUUCUCUUAUUAUGCAUGCAUACUUAGCAUACGGAAUUCCACAUGGUUCAGUGAGAAGGAUGGCCCUGUUUCACAAGGCUACUUACAACAUUGGAGGGCAUGCCAUUAGUACAGAUGUCAUUGAGCAAUCUAUAUUCAGAUUCCGUACCCCCCGAAUUGGCAGGUGGUUUGAGACCAUCCUUUCAGCUGCCAUGAGAAAGAAAGCAGGGGAAGAAAGACAACUUCUAUAUUCGAAGCUUGGCCUUCAAAGUUCUCAACCACUCAUAUGCUUUGCCCUUUGUACCGGAGCUUCUUCUGAUCCUGUGCUAAAAGUCUACACUGCCGCAAAUGUCAUGGAGGAGCUAGAAAUAGCCAAGAAGGAGUAUCUGCAAGCUAAUGUAGUUGUUAAGAAGUCAAGAAAAGUCUUUCUACCUAAACUACUAGAGAGGUAUGCCAAAGAGGCCUCUAUCACCUCAGAUGAUCUUUUGAAGUGGGUUUCCUUGAAUGUAGAUAAGAAGCUCCAUGAUUUAAUUGGAAAAUGCAUUGAUUGUAAACCUAAGAGGAAAACAUCACAAAUUGUGGAGUGGUUACCUUACAAUACGAGGUUCCGGUACAUCUUCGCAAAGGACUUAAUGGAGAAGUCAUUGUAGGUGUAAGUUUCCCCCUACCCCAAGCUUAGGAGGAUUUGUAAUUGAUUUGUCUUAAACCAAGGCUAACUUUGUUGAAGCAGGAAUCAAAUCAAAUAUUAAAUGUAUAAUGUACCUAUGAUCCUUCACCGUAUGAAGUUUGUUCAUUUUGCUUGGUGCAGAUACAACUGGUUUGUUGAGUGUGCAA